CAUGAUGAUACUCAGAUGUUGGUAUCUAACCACUUUUGCCAAGCUGCGCUAUUGUAGCGGUACGGUACUGUACUAGUACGGUACCAAUACUCGUACUGUACUCGUGAUGGUACAUCCACAAAAAGGAAAUACAUAUGAUACGAUACCUCCUCGAGUACCGGUACGUAAACAAACAAUCACCUUCCGGACCAGCUCCCACUCUCGCCAUCGGUACCUACCAUACCGGUAACUGUACCGGUACUUCAUAGACUCUCCCCCCCUCCCCAAACACUACACACCAUCAAACACUGCACAUCAAACACUGCGCAUCAAACACUGCACACCACACGCUUCACAUCACACACUACACAUCACAUCCCUCAAACAUUAUCAUCAAACAAGACGGAAAGAGAGAAAAAAAACCAUGCCAUCUCAAUCGAAUGAGCUCUCCUCAGUAGAGGACUUCGAUCUCCUCUCAAUCGAAGCUCGGCUCACCGAACUCGAACGUCAUAAGAGCCUUCUGACAGCAGAGCUCCUCUCAUACCGCUCGACGCUGCCGAUAUCAACCAUACUAUCGCAAGCAAAAGUCAGACCGAGCUAUGAAGACCCCACAUCAGUCACGUCGACCGUAGGCCCCGGAACCGAGACCAGCAGCAAUGCUAGUGGAGCCUCGGAUGGGAAGUCAGAAGCCAACGAUGAGGACAUCCUCUCCGACGUGAUUGCACACGCGAAGUGUUCACAAAAAGAGCGGUUAAAGAAAUUAUACCGCAUGACGGGCAUUACGACGUUCACUUCCGAAGACCCGUCUCCGCCGCACAAUGUUAACGUCGGGAUUCGGUUUGAGAUUUUUGGAAAUCGAAAAUUUACAAGACGUCAAUACAUCAUCCUGUCUCUAGCCUCAAACACCUACACAAUCCUCCGACACUCAAUUCCUUCGUUCCUGCACGUCCACAGCCUCCGGGCUCAGUACCCACACGACUUAGCGAAGUUUGCUCGUGUGCUCCGUGCCAAGCUUCAACUGUUCGCACGGCGUCUCGAUGCGGUAGAGAAACUCGAGCAGACCCUGACGAACAUGGGGCGUAUCGGGGACGUGCAAGAGCCAUGGACCAAUCGGAUUGAGAGCGUGGAGUGGGAUGUUCCCGUGCGCAUGAUUGUUAUCAAUUGGUCUAUUGGAGUGAGGGGUUCGUUGGUGUUGGAUGAGAGGGGGAGCAUUGAGGCGGUGGUGGUUAGGGAUAAUGACGGGGAGAGGAUGAAGAAGUUGGAGGCUGUUAUCAGAAGUGGAAACUUGGACGGGGUCGCGGUUAGGCUGGGAUAUGUCAUGGAUAGGGAGGAGAUUUAUGAGGAGGACGGGGACUGGGAGGCAGGGGUAGCGACUUCUUGAGUGGGAAGGGGAGCUGGUACGUCACGGGUGGGGAGGAUAUUUAUGAAGAGGGUGGAGACGGGGUGGCAGGAGUGACGACUUCCUGAGAGACAUUGGGGUGUGUUGUGGAUAGAGGGCGGGGGGACGGAGAUGGGGUGACAGGGCUGGCAACUUCUUGAGUGGGAGGACUAGGAUUGUUUAUUCCAUUGUGAUUUCUUUAUGUUUUAGGGCAUCAUGUAUGAUGUACCUCUUGUCACUACUGUAUUACUAUUCAAAUGGAUAGAUGGGCGUGAGAGCCUGUGUAAACUAGAUAAGAGAGAAGAUGUACGAAAACAACUCAGGAGUGGUAUCAAUAA